AUGUUCGGAUAUGAGGGAACGGUUAAAAAAUAUUUAGAUUUGAACAUUGUUGAUAAUCCACCACCAGACUAUGUAAUGCGUGGUUGGAAAAAUGAGUUUACCGAUGAAGAAAAGCAAUUCCAAAAGCGAACAUGUCUUUUAGGGCCUGACAUAAUGAUUCCGAACUCAAUUGUUCGACAACGUCUAGGUACAAAUAACUUUUUACAAAAAGAAAAUAAAGAAAUUCUAGCAAAAACCUUUGAUUUACCCGAUGAAUUAUUGAUGGAUUUAUUGCAAGAAGUAAAAGUGAAGACAAUUGAAGAUCUGAAAGGGUAUUUGGAUUAUGAAGAUGAUGAUGAAAUUGAAGCAGUAAAAAGAAAAUCAACAAUAAAUACAUUGAUAAGUAAAAGAAAGGAACGACAAAAGAAGACAGAUAUGUUAGUUGAAGGAUACUAUUCUGAAGAUGCUUUGUCAUUAGAGGAGAUUAUUGAAGAGAUACGAGCCAAUACAGGACGAUCAUUGAAUGAAACAGAUAUUAAAUUGAUUGUUGAUCUGAUGAAUAUUAUACAGAAUAGUGAAAAGAACGAUGUUCUAAAUGUACAUAGUGAAUUGAUACAAAUGAAUCUGAUUCAACGAUACGGUGGUAUACCGAAAGUUGUUCAAGCAUUAGAAGAAAUUCAAGGUGCUCUUGAACAAGUGGCAAUGCGAACAAAUAUCGCAUCGUUAGAAACUGUUCUAACUGUACUGGCUAAAAAUAAUCGUACUUAUCGUUUAGCCGAAGAGCUAUUGAAUACAUUUAAUGAGAAAACAAACAAAACAAAGCGUGAAUCGAAAAUUAGUUUUGAUGAAAAAUUUGGUGAAAUAAAUGAACAAGAACAACAGAUUUUCAAUAUAUUUAUGCGUAAUAAAAUUGAACGUUUAUAUGAAAGAGAUUUAAGUGAAAUAACAAGAGAUUUUAUCGGUCUAAGUCAAAUUAUUAAUCCAUUAGAUGAACAUUCUAUCCCAACUCGUGACAAUUAUUUGGAAUUUUUAACUGAACAUAUAAAUAUAAUUUUUAAAAAAUAUCAUUUGGAUGGUGUAAAAAAGUUAUUUGAAUCAAUGAAAUCAGAUAUUGGAAAAAAAUUACUUACCUAUUUAGAUAAAAUUGAACAAAGUUUAAAAGUAAAAUUAACCGACAAUGAUUUAAUCUGUAUGGAACAACAAAUAUUUUUAGCUAUGCAACAAAUGGAUGAGAACGAGGCCAACAUUUUCUAUGAAAAAUUGUGUCAACAAGAUAUUCUGAAACGUCAGUCUCAUACUGUUAAUGUUGUGCAAACAGUUACGAUUGGUUUAACCAAAAAGAUUGCUACAGAUGGCUUACAAGCCAUAAUUGAGAGCAUCAAUUCAACUAAUGUUGAUAGUGAACAUGUUAGCAAUUUAACAAAUAUGUUUGAAAACGUUGACAUGUAUUUACAACGGCAAUCAACACUCCCGAUGUUCACAACAUUAGAACAAAUUUAUAGUCAGUUGGGCAUCUCCUAUUUUAUAGAAACACAAAAUAUGAAAGAUGAUGAUAUUAAAGAGUUGGCUAAAGGAGCUGAAUUGUAUAACAUAAUGAAAACGAUACUGAAUGACGAUGCAACAAAAGAGCAAAUGAAUGAAUAUUUGGACAAUUUUAAAGCUUUCUUUCUCAAUGAAGCAUUUAAAAAUGUCAUUCAACAAACGUUAGUAGAUGAUAUAGAUUUAACAACAGUUAAAGGUACGUUUUACAAUGAUCAUGUUAGACAAUUGUUGAACAAUAUUAUGCGUGGUACCGACUACUUUAAUCGUAAAUUGGUAUUGAGAAAAACGAAACAUCAACUAAAAAGAAAUAAAGAACUGCCAGAUAAAUUAUUUCGACAAUUUAUUCGAAAUAAAUACAUUAGACAAGAUCCAAAAUCGAAAAUUGAUACAAAUAAAAAGAAGACAAAUGCAAUAUUAUCAGCACUACAAGUAUUAAUCACCGAGAAUAAAACUAUAACAGAAGAAUUAGUCAACCUUUUAUCAAAAGCAGAGGUACUUCUGCCAGAUCGUGUCAGAAAAUGGUAUAUCAAACCACUUCUACAGGCAAAGGUAGCUCCAUCGUCAAAAGGAAAACAAAAAACUACACCCAGACGACCCUCGUCAUCAAAACGAGUUAAUGUCAAGAAAAUACUCUCAUCAAAACCAUUAUCAACAGCUGCAAUUACUCUUGCUCCAACACAGACUGCUAUUAAGCCAAGUAGAAUCUCUUCGAAAAAACUUAUUGUUGUUUUACCGACAGAAGAGCAAUCAAUUAGCCCAACAAAAUUCAAAGAAAUCGUCACAUCAGAUGGACAAAAAGUUAGUGAAAUUCAAGACCAGCUGAUAAAGACUACGAUUGAAACAUCCCAAUUACCUAAAUAUGAAAGUGAAAAAAUUACGGAACAAGCUAUUGAUGAAAAAAUUAUUGACGUAAAACAAUAUGAAGAAGAAUUUUUGAAGCAACGAGAUGUGUUGAAAAAGGGACAUGUUAUCACGCGUUUACCAUCGUCAAUUAUUGUGAAAGAAGAAAUGCUGUUAACUGGAGCUAUAGAUGUUAAACCUCAAUAUGCUCAACUAGGUCAAGUUCAAAAUGGUCGAACAUUUGAUUUUUCAAUGCAAUCCUAUAGUGCCGUAACGUCGAUUAAAAUUCCAGAAGUGUCACUACCAAAAGAUGUUAAAGAACUAACUUUGAGUAGUAUCAUUGAAUACAAAGAGGGAAUAGAUUUCGAACAUAAAAGGAUUCACCGAAAAUUGCGUACCAUAGAUGGUUUCGGUGUAAAACAACAAAGAGAUUAUUUUCCAACAGAGUUGAAUACACAACAACCUGUUUCUGCUGCAAGCAGUGUUAUCGGUCCGAUCAUUGGAGUCAAACAAAUUUCGUCUUCGCCAAAAGCUCCGAUCACUGUUUUGACAGCAUCAAGAAAUUCCACUCGAAAAUCAACUGAUGAACAUGAGGCCGUAUUCACGAAAUCAAAUGGUCGUGCACCUUCACCGAAAAAACAAUUGAAACAAAAAUCAUUGAGAUCAGAUACAAAAAUGGAUGAUGUCUUUAACAAUUCGUUUGUAAUAGCACUAAAACAAAUGUUCAACACAAAUGAAUACAAAGCUAAAUUACAAAAAUUGCAUAAUCAUUUGGUUAGUGGUGGAUUCAUAUCACCAUUAAAUGAAUUUUAUCGAUCUAUCGAUGAUGCAAUUCGAGUGACAUUGGAACAUUGUGGAGAUUAUGAUGAAUUAAUUAAGUGGACAUUAUCCAUAUUACAAGCAACUGAUCGUCAAAAGGACUUGUUAGAUUUUGGUUUCAAUUUAUACGCUAUUGCUGUUGAUCUUGAUCUUCAAUAUACGAAAUCCAUUAAUAAUGUUGAACGUUAUGCGCGUGAGAUAGAAGAAAGGAUAAAGCAAGAAUUACAAACAAUUAGUGAAAAUGAAUUGAGAGAGAUUAAUGCUUAUUUGUCAGCUGGAAAUAUUGCAAAAUUGGUUGGUAUUACAACUAAACUGAAUGUCGGAAAAAAAGAGAACAUGAUUGCUGAUUUAUACCCGUUAUUAUUGAAUAUGAUACAGCAAGCACGUAUUCUUGAACCAGAAAAUCGACCGAUACAAACUCGAAUUCGAAAUUGUGGAUUUCAAUAUGCAUCAAGGCCAAUUCUAGCUUUGGCAAAAAUGAUCGAUGAAUUGGAAAAGAAAUUGGCGAAAAAUUUUGGUAUCACAUUGAUCGGUGCAAGUGAAAGAUUUAAUGAAACUCAUAUAUACCUUGCAAAAUAA